UCUCCUUACAGUAUCUGGAAAGGUGAUAGCGCACCGAGGAGAGGUCCAGAGAUUUCCCUCCAAAACCUUGUCACCAGGACCACCCAGAUAAAUGCCUCUUGACCCCCGCUUGGACUCCCUUCUUUCCUGCCCCCCAAGAGUAGUUUAAGGCGUGAAACAGCUGAUCCUGUUACUGGAGUGCGCCUCGUUUCGCGGAGAUGACGGACUAGGCAGUGCCUCCUGACCCCGACCUCCUGCUCGCAUGUCACACGCGACUCAGCUGCUUAAGAAAAACUAAGGAGCCUGCAUGUGGGGGUCUCGAAGGCUCUUGUCAGGAUGGUGAAGCUGUUCAUCGGAAACCUGCCCCGGGAGGCCACAGAGCAGGAGAUCCGCUCCCUCUUCGAGCAGUAUGGGAAGGUGCUGGAAUGUGACAUCAUUAAGAACUACGGCUUCGUGCACAUAGAGGACAAGACGGCGGCUGAGGAUGCCAUCCGCAACCUGCACCACUACAAGCUUCACGGGGUGAACAUCAACGUGGAAGCCAGCAAGAAUAAGAGCAAAGCUUCAACCAAGUUACACGUGGGCAACAUCAGCCCCACCUGUACCAACCAAGAGCUUCGGGCCAAGUUUGAGGAGUAUGGCCCGGUCAUCGAGUGCGACAUCGUGAAAGAUUAUGCCUUCGUCCACAUGGAGCGGGCAGAGGAUGCAGUGGAGGCCAUCAGGGGCCUUGACAACACAGAGUUUCAAGGCAAGCGGAUGCACGUGCAGUUGUCCACCAGCCGGCUUCGGACCGCGCCCGGGAUGGGCGACCAGAGCGGCUGCUACCGGUGCGGGAAGGAGGGGCACUGGUCCAAGGAGUGCCCGGUGGACCGCACGGGCCGCGUGGCCGACUUCACCGAGCAGUACAACGAACAGUACGGCGCCGUGCGCACGCCCUACGCCAUGGGCUACGGGGAGUCCGUGUACUACAACGAUGCCUACGGCGCCCUCGACUACUACAAGCGCUACCGGGUCCGCUCUUAUGAGGCGGUGGCGGCGGCGGCCGCGGCCUCCGCGUACAACUACGCCGAGCAGACCAUGUCCCACCUGCCGCAAGUCCAGAGCACGGCUGUGACCAGUCACCUCAACUCCACGUCUGUGGAUCCUUACGACAGGCACCUGUUGCAGAACUCAGGUGCUGCCGCCACCUCAGCUGCUAUGGCUGCUGCCGCUGCCACGACUUCCUCCUAUUAUGGAAGGGACAGGAGCCCCCUGCGUCGUGCCACAGCUGUGCUCCCCACAGUUGGCGAGGGCUACGGUUAUGGGCCAGAGAGCGAGCUGUCUCAGGCCUCAGCAGCUGCACGGAAUUCUCUGUAUGACAUGGCCCGGUAUGAGCGGGAGCAGUAUGUGGACCGAGCGCGGUACUCAGCCUUUUAAAAACUGGAGGUAGGAUAAUUGCGGACUGAACCCUCGGGCUGCGGUCAUAUAUGAGAACUUGCUCCGCGCGGUCCCCUUUGCCGGGAUGUUUCCAUUGCUUCAUGUUUCAGUAAACAAAGGAAUUUGUGACCAACUAUGUUUUCUUUCUUAAUUUAAUUCUUCUAAGUUGACUUUUCUUUCCUCCUGAUACUAGUCCUUGUAGCUUUUCACUGUUCCUCAUAUUCUCAGCCUUUGAGCAGCGCUAGGUAAGGAUUAUGCUGGCACCCCCUUUUUCCUGUACAGUGGAACCCUCUUAUCUUGCUUUCCGUAGGAGUUGAGCCCUCUCCCUGCCCACCUGCAGCAUCUCCUUUCCCUUUAGAAUGAACAUGUAGUGGCAAGCCGCCUUUUGCUCUUCUGUUAGCUCUGGACUCUUUAACACUGACGCUAACCUUCUGAGAUUGCUAGGGCCGUUGGGGUGUUGGUGGGGUUUUUGUUGUUGU